AUGGCCAGCCCGACCAAUAUCAAGGUUAGAAUAGAGCUUCUCGCUCACCCAAAGUCCGUAAACUCAAGAUUUCGACCAGUCAACGCGAUCGAAGCUCGCGAAGGUGGCGAAAUUGUCGUGUCCUUUGAUGACAACCUACAAACGGUGCAGAUGCGCUCCGCGCAGCUGGCCACUGGCCCCGAGAGGGAUGGAUUCACCUUUGAUAGAGUCUUUCCUAUGGGGACUCAGCAACACGAAGUCUUUGAUUAUGGCGUGAAAGAUAUCGUCAAAGAUGUCAUGGACGGUUACAACGGCACCGUCUUUGCCUAUGGUCAGACAGGUAGUGGAAAGACGUUCACGAUGAUGGGCGCGGACAUCGACUCUACCGAGCUCAAGGGUAUAAUACCGCGAAUAACGGAACAGAUAUUUCAAUCGAUUGUCGAAAGCGAUCCCCAUCUCGAAUAUCUAGUCAAGGUGUCAUACAUGGAGAUUUACCUAGAGCGAAUCAGAGACCUUUUAUGCCCCCAGAACGAUAACCUGCAGGUGCACGAGGAGAAGUCCAAGGGCGUGUAUGUCAAGAACCUGUCUGACUACUACGUGAGUAGCGCAAGGGAGGUGUAUGAAAUUAUGAGGACGGGUGGACAAGCUAGAGUGGUUUCUUCGACAAAUAUGAACGCAGAAUCCUCUCGAUCUCACUCAAUAUUCCUGAUCACAAUACAGCAGCGUAAUACCGAAUCUGGGACGAUGAAGACGGGGAACCUCUACCUUGUAGAUCUGGCUGGUUCAGAGAAGGUUGGUAAAACGGGGGCCUCAGGGCAGACGCUAGAAGAGGCGAAGAAGAUCAAUAAAUCAUUAUCCGCUCUCGGUAUGGUCAUCAAUGCGUUAACGGAUGGAAAGGCGAAACACAUUCCCUACCGUGACUCGAAACUUACCCGUAUCCUGCAAGAGUCCCUGGGAGGUAACUCUCGUACAACUUUGAUCAUCAAUUGUUCCCCGUCGUCGUAUAACGAAGCCGAAACCCUUUCAACUCUUCGGUUCGGUAUUCGCGCUAAAUCCAUCAAGAAUUCCGCCCGCGUCAAUGCCGAACUCUCACCAGCCGAACUCAAGAACCUACUCACCAAAGCCAACGUUGCAAACACUUCGUUCCAAAAGUACAUUGCUGCUUUGGAAGCCGAAGUCGCUAUCUGGCGCGCUGGUGGUGUUGUCGACCAAAGUGAAUGGGCUGCUCCAGGGAAAGCAAAUGCUGCGGGCGCGCUGAAGAAGUCGGCGCCGUCAUCAACGUCAUCCACAUCCUUAUCGACGCCUCGUAGUCAGACACCCGUCAACCCUGUCAUUGAAGGGCUGGCGAAGAGUGAUCUUAACUUGGAUAGUCGACCGCAAACACCCACCGUUGUUGGUCUAGAUAAGGAUGAACGUGAAGAGUUCUUGAAGCGAGAAAACGAGCUCAGCGACUCGCUUGCCGAGAAGGAGAGCGCCCUUGUGGCAGCCGAGAAGAUUGUCAAGGAGCUGAGGGAAGAACUCGCCUUCUUGAAAGAGCAAGAGGCCGCCGUUAGCAAGGAAAACAAAGCUAUGUCUAGUCAGCUUAACGAGAUCCGUCUUCAAAUGGAACGGCUGGAUUAUGACGCUAAAGAGGGUGUAAUCACCAUCGACAUCCUUAAAGAGCAGAAUCAAGAUGCCAAGAACGAGCUUGAGGAGUUGAGGAAACAAAUAUCAGAGCUCAGAACUGCGCAGAAGGACGCCUCAACGGAGGACAAGGAGAAGAAGAAACAAGAGAAGAUGGCCAUGAUGAUGGCUAAAUUCGAUUCGGGCGGAUUUUCAGAGAAGGAGGAGCAGCUACGAGCUCUCCUCGCCAAGCUGGAUAACAUUGACUCUGGAGAGACCCUCACAGCCGAGGAUCUCACCGCGGUGCGAAGGCAACUCGCCGAGGGUCAGAGCUUGAUGAGAGAAACUGUCGAUAGGCUGAGGCAGAGCCAGGAGGAGAAUGAAAUCAUCACUCGAAGGAGGGAUGAGCUGGAAGGUAGGGUUAUGACCCUUGAGACUGAGUAUGAGGAAUUACUUGAGAAGACAAUUCUUGACGAAGAGACGAGCAACGUUGACGUCGCUGAAUCAGUGGCUGACCUCAAGAACAAACUGGAAGCUCAAUAUGCUGCGAAGCGUGAUGCCCACCAGAUGGAGGUGACCGACCUUAAGGCCCAACUUGAAAUGAGGGUCAAUGAAAUACGAAGCUUGAAUGCCAGCAUAGAAAGCCUGAAGAGUGUCAACGAAGAGCUCAAGCGCGCGUUCGCUGUUACAUCCGCUGGAAUUGAAGGCGGUAAGAACCUUGCAGAGAGUGCCCAAGAUCUAGAGCGAACGCGCAAGGCUAUCAAUGUACAACUUGCCGAGUUCGAUGGAGUCAAGAAGUCUUUGAUGAGAGACCUGCAGAACCGCUGUGAGAAAGUUGUGGAACUUGAGAUACAGCUUGACGAGAUCAAAGAGCAAUACAACAAUGUGAUCCGUAACAGCAACAGUAAAGCGCAACAGAAAAAGAUGGCAUUCUUAGAGCGCAAUCUUGAGCAACUUACCCUUGUGCAGAAACAGCUUGUCGAUCAGAAUUCCGCGCUGAAGAAGGAGGCGGGUAUCGCAGAACGUAAACUACUUGCGCGCAACGAACGUAUACAAAACCUCGAGUCAUUGUUGCAAGAUGCGGAUCGACGACUUUCCAUUCAGAAUCAACGGUUCGAACAGCAGCUUGACGCUGUCAAACAGAGGUUAGAGCAGGCCCGGGCCGCAAAGGCAUCGACGGCCUCGCCGCUAGGAUUCGGCCGAAUCCAGAAACCACUUCGUGGCGGCGGAGGGGCUGCUCCUGGCAGUAUUCCAGUGCCGAUCACUGGCGGAGGCGGGUCGGCAAACCCAUUGGCCCGGCUGCAGACUGAAGAAUCCGGGUAUCGAAACGGGCUUCUUGGUUCUUCAAUUCUCGAUAAAGUCCGAACCAUUUCACCCUCUGUUAGAUGUGUCUGGCUGAACCCUGACUUGUUUCCGUCACAUUCAUGGCUAGCCUAUUUUCUAGUGCUUUAUCAAUAUACCCUCGCAUCAUUUCCGCCAUAA